AUGUCAGAGGCGCAUGAGUUUGCUCACGUCUCUGGGGAUAGACUGCACAGGUUCCAACCAUACAACGACCACCGCCACGACGUGGCGACUCACGACAGACUAUCGUCGCGGCCUUCUUCAGGUCCGCAUCACCGAAGCAACCAGCACCAAGCAACCAGCGAUAGAUCGCACAGGAGGCAACAACACAACGAUCAGCGCCACGACGUGGCUGCAACGAGCGGAAGCGGCAGGCUAUCGCCGCAGCCAUCUUUAGGUCCGCGUCGCCCAAGUAAUCAGCCUCAAGCAUCCAGCGAUAGACGGCACAUGAUUCAACAUCACAACGACCAUCGCCACGACGUGGCGACUCACGACAGACUGUCGUCGCGGCUCUCUUCAAGUCCGCAUCGUCCAAGCAACCAGCCUCGACCCUCGCAUCAGGUAUAUCGAGAGAGCUACGACAGCUACGGCCCGCAGCAAACUCUGGCUCGAGACCAGACACGACGACCAGAUGAUCGUGACCGCGAGAUCAAGCCUGGACCCGGAUCCAGACCCCAGAACCCAAGCAGAGGGGUCUACCACGAUUUCGCCCGGGAAGGACGUGACCGCCCUGCCCCUUCCCGUUUUGACUCGCCACCCCAGACACAAGGCAGUGAUAGAGACCAGCAGUCAUCAUACCACUCACUGACAAGAGGUGGUGGCCAUAGCAGGGGUCAAUCACUCCAACGCGAGCCCGAUGUUACCUCAGAUCGAGGUCAAUCGCACCACCCACGGCGGUUCACUGGCACGUCCUUCCAGCCCCCUCAACAGAUUUGCAACAAGCCGCCUUUCCACGAAAAGGUCAAGCUCAACACGGAGGACGCAGAGAAGCUCGUUACCCACGGCGGACAGUCGAUCGACCCUCAUGUUGAGCUCAGGUGUGGGAAUUGCGGCCACAGAGGCCAUCGUCUGAUCGACUGCAUCUGGCCAGACCUCUCGGGCCAGAUCAGUGGCUGCCCAUUGUGCAACACGAAGUUGCAUUAUUUGGAUGAAUGUGCUCGAGUAUCGCAGCUCUCCAAGGCCCAGCUAUACAAUCUCCUCAUCCAUAGGAGAGGCAACAGGCCCGCUAUCGCCUCGAGGACCCCUUGGGUUGAUCUCGUCAUGGAGGCCGCGACUGCUUCCAUCGGGAUCAAAGACCCACGAGGGGGCCCUUUUCCUUGGACCAAGGACUUCGCCAAGAGCCAGGGGCACGUCUGGUGCAAGCACGAGAACCGCUCGGGUCCCUUGUGGGAGUUCUACGAUUACAGGGCGGGAAAGGAGGGAAGGAUGCCUUUGCCGACCGACCCCAAGACCAAGAAUUUGGAAAAGGUCUUGAGCAGCGUGGAGGAACUGCGCAGAACUGAGGUGCACCUUGGAUUGGGGCAGAAUGCGCUCACUCUUUAG